AUGCCUCCCUCCCUCGACAAGCUCGCAGCGCGCAUCACUGCAUCAGGCAACGCUGCUCCUCCAUCUACUCAGUCUUCCUCUGCCCGCCCGCGACUCGCCGCCCAACUGCUCAGAACAGGUUCUCAAAUCUCACUUACAAGUACAAUUGCGUCAAAUGCAGACUCCACAACAGUCAAUCCACCCACUACUCGCUCAGUAUCACCUGCUGGUUCCAGUGGGACGUCUUCUCCACUUUCCACUGUCCCCUCAGGCGGCGAUCCGCUCACUACAGAGAGGGUCGAGAAACUUAAUGUGGAGACUGAGAAGAAGGCUCCAGUUGGCUACAAGAACAUCCCCAGUCUCGACGCGAUCACUGCGCGGAUGCAAAUGACACGCUCCCUCAGUGUCGAUGGGACGACCAAGCCCCCAGAACCAGAAACGUAUGAGGACCCGGCUACGCCUGGAAUUCCACAGAAGGUUCCCGAACAUCCACUUCAGAACAAGUGGACAAUCUACCAUGAUUCAAAAUCUAGGCCUCCCCCAACCGGAGACAGCGCAGCCGCGCAUCCCGCACCUACUGAAACAGGCGAUUACGAGGCAGGAUUAACCGUCAUUGGCGAUUUUGACACUGUCGAAUCCUUCUGUCGAUAUUUCAACUGGCUGAAGCCACCCUCAAAGCUCGAACGCAAUUCAAAUUAUCAUCUUUUCAAAACCGGUAUCAAGCCAAUGUGGGAGGACCCAGCAAAUGCAGAGGGUGGCAAGUGGGUAUUAACAAUGAAGAAUAACCCGGCUUUGCUUGAUCGCUGCUGGAGUUGGCUCGCAAUGGCGAUGAUCGGUGAGGAAUUCGAUGAUUAUGGCGAGGAUUUAUGCGGUGCCGUCGUCAGUCUGCGGAGCAAGGUCGACCGUAUACAACUUUGGAUACGCAGUAAGGACGACGUGGAGCGGGUGAAUGGUAUUGGGAGGAAACUUGUGAAGCUGCUGGACGUUUCUGAAGCUGAUGGGAUUGGUCUUGAAUUUCAGUAUAACAGCGAAGAUCGUCCUCCACCCAAUAAAUUCCUCUCAGUCCACUCUACUUUCCCACAGUCUUCGUUCCGCUCAUCAUUCAGCCAAGGUCACGCGAACAGCCCGACAUUCGCGCCUGGUGAGACUCCGACUAGUGCGGGUCCAGGAGGAGCUUUUAGUGGAUUCAGCACUGUUGGUUCUGGAUGGAGGGCGAGGCGCUGA